AUGCAACGCGGUGGCCUCUCUUCUUGCAGAUACGUCCGGCCCGGGGGUGGCUUUGUCCCAAAUUUCCAGCUCCUCCAGCAAGGGUUCCAGCUCUUCCAGAAAGGGGACGUGAACGGUGCCAAGGAGCAGAAGAUCUACACGUACCUGAAGAACGCCUGUCCGCCGGUGGCGGAGGAGUUCGGGAACCCCAAGAACCUCUUCUGGGAGCCCCUGCGGAACCACGACAUCAAGUGGAACUUCGAGAAGUUCCUGGUCGGCCCCAACGGGGUGCCCGUGAUGCGCUGGUACCACCGGGCCAACAUCGCCGUCGUGAAGAACGACAUCAUCAACUACAUGAGGCAGCAACAGGCCCAGUAGAGGAGGCGGCCACCGGCGCAGGGUGGGGGGAGGCUGCUCCCUCCCACCCACACCCUCUGAGAACCGGCUCCUGAUCGGCUGCUGCAAGGGCUGCUCCCCCCACCCUGCAUGGUGAAAGCCGGCACCCUGGCUCCGUUCUGGACCAGUUUCGUAGUGAAACCACGUGGGAGACGCCCAUUGCAGCAAGGCAAACACCAGUCCCUGCCCAUUGCCCCAUCACCACUCCAGUCUCUGGCAUCACCUGGGGUCAGACGCUCACACUGGGGUGGGUUACGGGGUGGCAGAGAUCCUAGCAAGGGGAGGGAAACAUUUCCCAAUAACACCACGUCCCAUCUCCACCCACAACGGUGACGUCUCCUCCAGGCCAAAAGCUUGGCUCCCCAAAACCCCGCCUCCGUGCCCCCCAGCUCCCUGUGGCAGGCACUCUCACUGUCCUGGCUUCGUGCACGUCUCUCCUGGUGUGCACAUGGGCACGGGGGCCAGCUGCCUCAGACCCAGAAGACCACAUCUCCAUGAAGGCCAGGUCUGAAAGCCCCCGCCAUGGGGUGGACCCGGCCCGAGCCUGCCCAGGCACGGAGCAGCUCUUCUAGUGCAUUCAAGCUGCCCCGCAGUCCUGGACGCAGAGAUGUGCUCCUCUCCUCCCCUGGAGGCAGCCAGCCCCCUCAUGCUCCGGAAGCAUCGACCUGCUGCUGUAGAAACACCAAAUAAAGGCUCUGCAGACAUGCA